AUGUCGAAUCAACAGGCCCCAUUAUCUAGUGCACUGGAUACUCAGUCACAUGCGCCGCAGUUGGUGCCUUCGCAGCCAGAUAAUGAAUCGCUAAGCCCUAUUGAUAAGAGCUCUCCCAUCCUCGGAAAGGCCGAGGGAACCAUACGGCCCAGACCACCACAUUUGACUUGGAGCCAACAGCGUGAAAUCGGCAGAGAUCAUUCCCCAGAAGAUCUGGCUACAGGCAUCGAAUUUUCAAGCAGUGGUCCUGUGUCACCAGUAUCACCCAUUGGCUCUGAAGUUUUGCGAACGCCAAAUGUCUCGGACCGAUCAAGGUACUCGUCAUAUAGACGUCCUUCAUCCCCCGGGGCAACCUCGCCAUUACAUAACCGUCUUCAUUCUCCCGCCUCUCAGAUAUUCGAACGGGACGUGCAAGAGGAUAUGUUGCCAUCGCAGGCCUCACCAUCAAUCCCCUCGCACAUCCGUACGGAGAACUACAUCCCACCGGUACUCGAAGCUUCAUCAGCUGCCAUCACUGAUGAACAGCUAAAUCCGGAUUCAGUCGAGAUUGUCACUCAUAGUCUCCAUCACCCUGCGGCGGGGGCCACUGCCUCAUCUACCGCGGAACAGUCUCUGGCAUCAUCUGGUAUUGUUGAUCAGGUUGGAUUACACUCCACCGAUGCUGAUGAGGUUUCAUCGGUCUACGGUGCCUUGGAAACCAAUGAUGUGCGACGUUUGAGUUUCAUCUCCUUCGCGGAUGUAGUUAAUGCCGAACAAGCGGAGAUGAGUGAAUCUACGUGUGGCCGAGAGCUCUCCCAGAGUACCGCAGUCACCGGGAGUUCUUUUGCAGCUGGGUUGCAGAACCGUUCUCCGUCUCCAUUGCGCUCUCCUGCCUCUUCACAUGGGCUUGGGACAUCUCCUCCUACCAGUAUCGCUGCCUCUUUCAAAGGAUUGGAGAUGUCACCUAGUCAAGGACCUCGGGCCCCAGGAAGUCCUUUUGCAAUGGCCCAGAGUCCAAUUUCUUCCGGUUCCGGUGGAGAACUGAAUGUGGAAACCAUGCUCCAAGCAUUAAGAAGAACGGCAAGUGGAGAUCUGGGUGUAAUAAACCAGACAACCAUGACUUUAGGAAAUGACGAGCCCCUGGAUCAUCUGUCCUAG